GCAGGCAGUGCUGUGUAGUUGUGUGUUAUAGUGAAUGUGCGCUCGCUACAAGUGCUUUAAGUAGGCUAAAGUUAGCUAAUGAACUGUUUGGAGGUUAUGCUGUUUUAAAUUAGUCUUUCUAAGGACUGUAAAUCGACGCUAUGAGAUCACAGGCAUCACCGUGGACACAGUACUUUGCAAAAAGAAACCAUGUCACGCACAUCUAAGAGCCGGGCUGAUAAGGGACGGGCUACAUCUGCACAGCUCCCACCUCCCACUCAAACGCCAGAUGUGGUGGACAUUGUCAGUGGUCGCCUCACAGAGUCUGAAUGGCUGUCCAUGAUGUCUGAGCAAGAUGGAGAGGACAUUGUGGCAGACACGGUGGAGGAACUCUUGAAUAGUGUGAUGGAGAAGUGUUAUGAGUUGGACGUUAAGGAACAGAUAGUGCCAUUCUGUGUGGUUUGGGCAAAGGAUGCUAUGGUCCAAGUGAUAAAUUGCCAGUACCUAAUAUGUGACGAAGGUGAUGAAGCAAACAUAAUCUCAGACUUGCAGGAGGACACGGAACCUCUACCUUCAAUCCCAGACUCUUGGGCUGAAGGCUGUGUGCCUGUUAUCAGAAUCCCAAAUCCCGCACAGGACUGUAAGUCAGAUGUACAGGAGGAUGACGUCAAGGAUCCACCACAAAAACAGAGAUCCCAGUCAAUAAAGGAAUCAGAAUCUCCAAAUAAAGAAUCCAGAGCGGAGAGAAAGCGAGGUAGCAGGCCUCUGAAACUAAUCCCUGCUCAGGCAAAGUUGGAAGUGCAAAGAAGGCCACAUCCACCUGAGAUACCGUCACCAAAUAAGCUAAAACCUUCAACUAGCAUGAUUUCUGCAGGACCACCACCACCAGAGUGAGGUUCUCCAUCACUGUAACAGGUGCCUCCGCACAUGCAGUCAGGACAGAGAAUGAUGUCAGAGAACACAGUCUUUUAGAGGAUGAACAUCCAAACACCUUUUUGAAGGUAGUCUGCACAGAUGAAUGGUGAUGCUAAUAGUUCUUUCAUUUCUACAAAGGCAUGCUAGCCAAGCUGGUCACAGGUGGAAGGCCCUGAGAACCAGUUUGCUUGCUUGUAAACAGACAAUACACAGUUCUCAGAGAAUCAUCUCACUUUAACAGCCUGUGAGAACAUUAAAACAAAAGACCAAAUCUACAAGGAAUGUGGAAACUAGGCUUGUGCUUAUUUAGAAUUAAAUGAGUACAAUGUAUUCUACUGUAAAUACAAAAGCACCGACAACUUCAAGACAUUGUUACCUAGUUUUAAAUGGUUUACGUGUUUUAGGAUGCAUAUUUAUGGUUCUGCAUGUUAAAUGUAUAUGUCAAACAGAAGAUAAGACAAAAAUAAGAAACAAGGGCUUAAAGAUUUUCUAGCUUUGUUUUCAGAUUUUAACAUUUCAAGCUCUUUUCCUAAAUUAAACGGCCACAUUAAAAACUAUAUCACCUGCAUACCUGAAUUGGUUUAUUAAAC